AACUGAAGCACACGCAAAAUCUCUUCGUGCCGGCGAGAAUGCAGGAGCAGGCGACGAGCUCGCGGCCGUCUAGCUCCGACAGGUCGUCCAGCUCCGGCGGCCACCACAUGGAGAUCAAGGAAGGAAUGGAGAGCGACGAGGAGAUACGGAGAGUGCCGGAGCUGGGGGUGGAGCCCGGCGGCGCUUCGACGUCGGGCAGGGCGGCCGGCGGCGGGUCGGAGCGCGCGCAGUCGUCCACGGCGCAGGCCAGCGCGCGCCGCCGCGGGCGCAGCCCCGCGGAUAAGGAGCACAAGCGCCUCAAAAGGUUGCUGAGGAACCGGGUAUCAGCACAGCAGGCGAGGGAGAGGAAGAAGGCAUAUUUGAAUGAUCUUGAGGUGAAGGUGAAGGAACUUGAGAAGAAGAACUCGGAGUUGGAAGAGAGAUUCUCCACCCUACAGAAUGAGAACCAGAUGCUCAGACAGAUACUGAAGAACACCACUGUAAGCAGAAGAGGGCCAGGUAGCAGUGCUACUGGGGAAGGUCAAUAGUGGAGAACAUGACAGCAAAAGUAGUAGCACACUUUAUGCUGGAAUAUGCUUCUGGGUUGAAUUGAUCCCAGAACAUUGUGCCUGGAACUUAAUUUGGUUCGAUUAACCCAGCAAAAAUCAAAGAACAAGGGUAAUUAAAUGGGAAAUUUACCAGGCUGUGCAGAUGAUGAUAAUAUACCACACUACCUGAUGUUUAGGACUAUAUACAUAUUUCUACAUAAUCCAAUGAUCAGACCUCUGAAAUGUAACUAUCGAUUGCAUAAUAACAUAUUUUAUGUACAUGACAUUUUUGUGAAGAAUGCACAGCCUGUUCCAUUUCUGAACUUGAUUGCCCUUUGCUUCUGCUUCUGCACAGCUUUGUGAGUUGACUCCCAUGACUUGUCAGUUGUCAGUAAUGUCAAUCUCUGUUCCAUUUCCACCUUCUACUAUGACCAUGAUGUGUACUUUGUUUCAUGGUUAGGGCAGCCCAAAUCUUCAUGGAAUUAUUGCGGUUUUGUUGCGACUAGUGAGGUGGUGAUCGCCGCACGAAGUUUGCUGGGCUUUUCACGCAAUCACCCGUCGGUUUAGGCUUGGAUAAGUCUUGCUAGAACAAGCAGAAUAUGGCCUGUCAACUGUCAGAUUAACCAGAUUCCCUUUGAGAACGUCUGUGCCACUCACUGAUGUAUCAAACGGCCUGUGAACUGAAACUCUGUUUCAUCAACUGCUACAGUAUGAGUUGAUUUAUAUUUCUUCUAUUUAUUUCGCUUGACGUGAAAAAACUUGUAAUAAGCUGAUUUAUUCCUUUGGGUGCGGCAACCGGAGUAUGAAUUUUCCAUUUC